GCUACCGCUCGCUUUAGCAUGCUGCGAUGGAGGCAUUUCUCCGACGGUCAGCUCUCGGCCAAGGCAAAGCUACAUGCUGAUUCCAACAAAACUCCUCCGGUCCCCCAAGUUCCGCUGCAGCAUCAGUCGCAAACACCUGUUCCAAACCCUCAAAUCAUCACCACCGCCCCCACCAUGGAUGAACACAAUCACCCUGUCCACCGCCCGAGGAAAUCAAAGAGUCCGUUCAAGCGCCAGAUCUCGAAACUCAGCCCGUCGAAACAACGUCGAGAAUCCACCGAAGACCAUCGACCAUGGCGCAGAGGCCGCUCUGUAGACAUCGACCGCCUGGUGCCCGACGCUGUCGCACCUCCACCUUACGGUGACGAAUCCAGCUCGGCUCUGGCAUUGCCUAUCACUCGCUUAUCGGACUCGUCAGGAGAACAACGAAGCUCUGGAGAACAUGUCACCUAUGCUACGACCACCACCACUCAUACCAUCUCCACCACUACAACCCUGUUCAAACUACCACGCCGUAAAAAGAAGGAAAAGUCGUUGUUCCCCUUACCUGAAAGACAGCGACGACCUCCGCCUCUGAGUGCUUUGCAACGACGCCAUACCGAGGCUUCACGCCCGCGCUUGUUCCUAUCCUCUUCACCCGCUCCCGCUCAACUUGCACAGUCGUCUAUUGCAGCUCUUGCUGGUCAUGGAGGUGCUCCUUUGUUCCGGAAUGACUCGAGAAACUCUGUUCAUUCAAACGGUUCUUCACCAAUACUCCACCCUCCACGUCGAUUCGGUCUGCGAGAUAGGUCUUCAACCGUAAGUUCGUUUGGACGCAGAUCAGAAGAUCGCACCCCUCCUACGCCACCUAUGUCAUCCAGCGCUCGCAACUCGACCUCAACUGCAGGACGAACUAGUCUGGGUGGGCUUCUCGGUUUCAAUCGUUUUCGACACAACUCAGAUCUUCGAGAUCGCAACUCUUCACCUGGAUUCCACUCGAAAUCAAACUCGUUGUCCCCAAGCGUUCAUGAAACUCUGGUCAUACCGGAUCGCGAAGAUGGCGACACUCCAGGAAAAUACCUGGAGCGACUGCAGGCUGCUGUGUCACGGAGUCUUAUUGCUGGCAUAUUAUCAAAGUCAUCCGAUCCGUUCGCUCAAGCUGUUCUGCGAAGUUACUGUCGCAAGUUCUCUUUCUUCGGAGAGCCCAUCGAUAUGUCGUUGCGCAAGUUCCUCCUGGAAGCGGAACUGCCAAAGGAAACCCAGCAAGUGGAUCGGGUCAUACAAGCGCUUGCUGACCGGUACCACGAAUGUAAUCCUGGCAUUUUCAUGUCGCCUGAUCAAGCUUAUAUCGUCGCUUUUUCGUUGAUGAUGCUGCAUACUGAUGCCUUUAACAAGAACAACAAGCGGAAGAUGCAGAAACAUGACUACAUCAAGAAUACUAGUGGCCAGAAUGUCUCGGACGAUGUACUGGGUUGCUUCUAUGACAAUAUUUGCUACACUCCCUUUAUCCAUUUCGAGGAAGAAGUGGACAUCAACGGAGAACGCCUGCUGACUUUCAAGCCGAAGAAAAGCAAGCUCCGGGGUAGCAUACCCGAUCCUGGAAGGAAGAACAGCGGACCCAUCGAUCCAUACGCGUUGAUCUGCGAUGGCAAGUUGGAUACUCUUCGCCCUCCGAUCAAGGAGUCGAUCACCAUGGAAGACCCUUACAGUUACUUGGGCACCGCAAACUUCUUCGAUAUGAAGAAACUGCAGAAGGCUUUCGUGAACACCGCGGUUCUCCAGAUCAUAUCUGCUCGUUCUAGACCUGCUGCUUUUGAAUCACAAGCUACUCGCGAUAAUCCCAGCGAAUCGGCCAUAGGCUUGGUAGAUCUCAAGGUCACAAAAGUUGGUGUCUUGUGGCGAAAGUCAACGAAGCGCAAGAAGACACGAUCUCCUUGGCAGGAGUGGGGUGCUCUUUUGACAGGAUCUCAACUUUAUCUCUUCAAGAACGUUGCUUGGGUGAAGGGAUUGAUGACACAAUACCACGCGCAUGUGAAGCAAGAAGGUACCAACACGCCUGUCAUUUUCAAACCACCAAUCCAGGAUUUUAAGCCAGAUGCCCUUAUCAAGACUGACGACGCUGUUGCUUUGCUUGAUCGUAGCUACUCAAAGCACAAGGACGCCUUCACCUUGGUUCGACAUGGUGGCCAGGAGGAAGUUCUACUUGCCGAGAACGAGUCCGAAGUCAACGACUGGAUUGCCCUAAUCAACUAUGCUGCAGCUUUUAGAUCUGCCGGUGUCAGGAUUAGAGGGUUCAUUGGCGGAACGGAUACAGAUGUCACGGUCAAUAGCCGUGGCAGACUCAACUCUACAGCGUCUGUCGAUUCGUCGGUUAAUGCAUCCAUUGGUUCUGCUCUGGGUUCGACCGUUACACAUGACGGACAAAUUACUGUUGAGAAGAGGGAUCUGACUCCACAGCUUGUGAGGCAGGUGCUGGCUGCGCGUCGACAGAUCAUGUUGCAGACCAUAGUAGAAUCGGAGAGAGAGGUGACUGAUGCGAUCAGAAAUCUCGAGAACAUGAUGCGCAACGCUCGACAUCUGCUGAUCCUUGCUCCUAUCCAGCCCAAGACAAGAGAAGAUGUGUGUCACGCGACCGCACGCAUGGAUGCCAAUUUGAAAUGGAUAAGACGCGACAUCUGGCGAACCAAGUGCCACAGAGAUAUUUUAUCGCUGGACCUGCAAGAAGAUGGUGACAUAUUCGACAGCAAGUUACCAGCGCCGAUGCCGAACAUUCGCAAGACUAGUGGCUUGCAAAAGACAGUCCCAACCAUAAACUCCGUCGUGAGCCAACAAACAAGCCUCCCAUCGCCAGCCCAUUCGCCUCGACUAGAUAACGGGGAUGGCAAGGUUGAGGGCGUCUUCAACAGAGAUGUUUUCAAAACACCACCUGAACAUGCCCUCAGAUUUGGGGACGCUUGGCAAAUGCCUGCGAGUCCACUGGACCUCAACAGCCCGCAUCAGGUUCGUCGACCUUCGACUACCAGUACUGUGCAGUCCGUCAUCCGCAAGCACAGUGUCGCUGGUUUGUCUGUCGCUUCCAGCGUACACGAUGGAGAUAAGCACCUCUCGUCCGCCGCCUCCGACGGCGCUUCUCGCAAUGGCCGCUUGACACCCACGCGAAGCUACGAUAGUCGUGAUCAUGAAGCAGCCCUUCUUGCACGGGACGCUCUGGUACCAUCGGCGACCCCUGUCACGCAUACUUCGGCUGGACUUCCCGAAUCAUCAAAUGCAACCCCAGAAAGCGCAUCCAAGAUCAAGAGCGGAAGAAGAAGCCUGCAUCGCACGCUGAGGGAAGGUCGUUCGGACACAUCCGCCUCCCAACGUCACCGGAGAGGCAAGGAAAGCGCCAGUACCAUUCGCUCGGACGGAAGCCGUGGUGAUGACCUUGUUGAGUCUGCUCCAGGAUUGGAAAGAAAGGCAGCCAGAUUCAUGGUUCAUGGCAAGCAAGCUUCUGUCGUUACCUUUGGUGCGGACUGG